AUGAUGAGGAGUGAAUGAGUCCUACCCCUUCUGGAGGGUCCCAGAUUGUUUGUGAACAGGUAAAUCACCUGGGGGAAUCUGCACUGCCAUGAUGAGAGGUGUUCACACAGCCAGGCUCUGUCUCAUCAGGGUGCUGUGGCUCUCCUCUGUGAGGAAUUUGUCACUAUGCAGCUGUACUUUUCUUCAUUAAAGUGGCCAUGUUAAAUAGCUGUGAGGUUGCUAAAUGCCUAUUCUGCUAACUGAUCUCUCCAGCUGGCAGCUUUUUAGAGCAGGAGACAGGAGGUUGCUAAACCCAUUCAUUUCUCACAUGCACCCACGUUUCUAAUGUCUGUAGAGAUCCGGCCUUAAAAGUCCUCUGCAAGCCAUUGGAAUGAAGAGUACUUCGUGAAGACGUUGUAAUUAUUAUGGGAUUUAGGGGUGUGUGGAAAUGAUUCAUGGAGAUGUUUCCCAGCCAGGAGGCUCAUCGAGCCAGGUGAGCUCUUCCCUGGAAUGUGAAGCAUGCAGCGUGGCAACUGGGAGAAACAGGUUUGACAGGACAUUUUAAGCUGUUUGCAGUAGACAGCCUCUUCAGAGCCACAUCCCUGCUUUGCUGAUCUCCCAGCUGGAUGCUCCGCUCUGCCACUCUGGCCCUGCUGAGCUGGAGAGGAUGGACACGCUGCGCAGGAGCCUGUCUCGAUGGAAGAGGUAUCACAUUAAGGUGCACCUGGCUGAUGAGGACCUGAUGAUGCCCCUGACGGUCAGGCCCAGGGACACGGUGAUGGACCUACGAGCUCUCUUGGUACGGGAGGGCAUCACUUCCUGGAAGAAGACAUUUUAUUACAACUCCAGGCAGCUCGAGGAGCACGAGACCCUCAAAGAAGCCAAUAUCCAGAAUGGUUCUGUCCUCCUUCUUGUCAGCAAUAAAAGAUAAUGCCAAAGAGCACAGCCAAAGCCAUGAGAGACGGGGAGUGUGACAAGGGCUGAAGGGAAGCAGAUGGAAGAGAUCUUGCCCAUGGAAAGGCAGCCUGGCCACCAGUGUUG